AUGACCGAGUUGUUUGACGGCUCCCGUCCAGUUCAAUUUGAAUAUGAUCCGGUAUUGUGCGAGGAUGGUACCUUGAUGGUCCUUCUAUCAUCAUCCCUUGGCUCUGGAUCUUUCAAGGAUGCGCAUCAUGGCUUCAUGACACUCACUCCCUCCUCACUGGAUGGACUUGGCAGUCGCAACAACCAAGAUGUUGCUGUGAAACAGAUGAUUCAGGGCAGAGAUGACCAGGGAAGCGCAAGGCGAUUUGAUGUUGCAACUGAGCAUCGGCACACCAUUUGCAAGGGCAACCUCCUCCUUUGGGCUAUGUCUCUCUUUGAUCUCUCCCUCUCCUUUGUUGAUUACAUUUUGAAGAAAACCAGGCCUCUACCAUCGUCUCUCAUUAUUCCCAAGAUUUGUUUUGUGGAGGGUGGCAUUGCCCUGGUCCAUGACUCCACUGUGGGCAAGAAUAUUCAUGCCGCCUCAUCCCAUGGCCAAACACUGGUCAUUGAGGAACUCAUCGAGAGUCCGUUUGUCAAAUUUGUUCACAACCGUGCUCCCGUUCCAUAUUUGGCUGCGGAUCAUCCCUUGUUUUAUAUGGCUGACAUCUUAUGCUUUACGCAACACGUGCAGUAUGAGAAAUCGGGUGGAUUGGUAUUCAUCUCUGAUUAUCAAGGGUCCAAGUUACUUUUGAGUGACCCGCAGAUAAUGACUUCUCCAUGAUGAUAUCUCCAAGAAGAGCAUGUUUGGUGGCGGAAACGUUGGUGCACUGUUCACAGCAUUCCCUGAGAAGCACAAAUGCUCCGGAUAUUGCUGUUUCUUUGGAUUGAAGUCACUUGUUUAAAUGUUGAUGGAUCCUGGCUCUCAAUUGCGCAUUUUCAUCCAUUUACAUUUAGUUUCAUUUGUAGUGACAAGCGCAGAUACACCCUGGCCCCGCAAUCAAUUGAACUGAUGUCCCAUCAGUAUGACGUACCAAGCU